AUGGAUAUUCCAAAAUAUAAUGGAAAUAUACAUCCAGAUGAAUGGAUAAAUGAUAUUCAAAAAUUUCGCUACAUUUGGAAACUUGAUUAUAAAGAAUUUUUAAAAAUUGCUAUAUCAUUAGUUGAUCCCACUAUCAAACUCCCAGCUGAAAUUAGUAAUAUUGAAGAACUUCGCAAUGCAUUAAAAGAUAAUAUUUCUUUUGCGGUGUUUAAGAAUACAAAUAAAAGAAAAUUGCAAUUAUUAAAAUAUAUCCCUGAAAGUAGAGGUGGUGAUACUUCAAAAUUUAUUUCAAAUUUUCUCAAAUUAUGUUAUAAUGCUGAAAUUAAUGAUAUAGAACAACAAAAGAAUUAUCUUUGCGAAUCACUUCCAAUGAGGAGUUUUUUUUCAAACGAAUUUUAUAAAAAAAUGAAAAAUGUGAAUUCAAUUAAUGAAUUAAUUAAAGAAUUUGAAGAUAUUGUUGUUGAAGAAUCGAAUUUGAUUAAAGAUGAAUCUAUUGUAGCUUUAAAGCAUAUUGCUACAGGAAAAUAUUUAAGUUCAGCUGAAAAUUUAAAUUAUACAACUGGAAGUUGUACUCAAUUGGUUUUUGCAGGAAGUCCAGUACCUGAUUCAAAUUCUUUAUGGAAAAUUAAAUUUGGUAAAGAAUUAGCUGCUUACAACAAUACUUCGAUAAAGUUACAACACGUCAAAUCUAGUAAUAAAUUUCUUGGAAUAUACUAUGACGGUUAUAACCGUUGUUGUUAUUGUAAAUCUCCUUCAACUAACCACACAGAAGUGAGUUGUAACAAUCUUAACCAUGGAUAUUGUAGUGAUAAUUGGAAAUUUAAUCAUUGUAAAUUAGAAAAUCAUCAAGGAUAUUUAAAAUCAAAUGAUAUUAUUAAUAUUAGCGUUAAGAAAUUGUACGAUAAUGGAGGUAAUUAUACUCCAAAUGGACCAGUCGAAUUUUUACGUAGUCAUGAUAUUCAAUUUACUAUUGGAAACGAUACUUUUCAAGAAGUUGUUUGUCAUAAUGAAAGAUUGGGAGGAAAUGAUGAAUGGUGUAUUGAGCUUAUAAAACAAUAUGUUUGGACCAUAGAUGUUUUAACUGAUUGA